GUAUUUGCCACGUUGCUGUAGACAACAGACUUAACGCCUCACUCACACCGGGAAGAUGUCAGUUGACAUUUCUCCACACACAGUGGUGGACGGCGGACAACUUCAAGCUGCUAGACCUCACACACCGAUGUGUCAGGUUUCUGUCAGGUGGAGCUGCAGACUGUUUUGCGGCUUAAAACAUGUUAACUGACGUGAUUUUGGAGGAAGAGUUUGACAAGAAUGGAGAGGCUUGGUACGACCCGCAGGACCUUGAACAUGAUCUCCAUUUGGCAGCGGAGCUUGGGAAAUCCCUCCUCGACAGGAACCAUGAGCUGGAGCAGGCCCUGCAGCAGAUGUACUCCACCAACCAGGAGCAGCUGCUGGAGAUAGAGUACCUGACUAAGCAGGUGGACCUGCUGCGUCAGAUGAACGACCAGCACGCAAAAGUGUACGAGCAGCUGGACAUGUCCACGAGGGAUCUGGAGCAAGGCAACCAGAGACUAGUGAAGGACAGCCGUCUGGCCCAGCAGAAGAUCAGCAGUCUAACAGAGACCAUUGAAGGGCUUCAGACCUACAUGGAGGACCUGCAGACUCAGGUGGAGGAGCUAAAGACAGCUCAGGCAGAGCGAAACAAGAGAGAGCUGGCAGAGCAGCGACGCAACCUCGGAGCACAGAGUGUGUCCUGUCUCAAAGAGCUGUACGACUUACACCAUGACAGGCAUCUAGCCCACCAUGGUCUGCGUGUGGAUGGACUCUGGUCAUCUGGUCCGGGCUCUUUCUAUGACAGAGACAGAGGCCAAGACCCGGAGCAGGAGAACGCGGCUCUCCAGCGCUCCGUCCAAACCUUUCAGAGCCAGAUAGCUGUGGAGCGGAGCCGGAGGAAGGCUGCAGAGCGUGAGAGUGAGUUGACAUCUAGCGAGAACAGAGGCCUGGAACAGCAGCUGGCCCUGCUGGCCGGCGGCCGGGCCAGGCAGAAGGAGCUUGAGACCGAAGUGGAGCAGCUGCAUCUUCUGUGGCGCGCUGAAUGUGCCAACAGUGCCAGAAGACCGGACCUUCUGCUGCUGCCUGAUACAGUAUUCUUUGCCUCAGAAGAAAGACCGGUGCAGGAUGAGAUGGAUGAGAAGGUAGAAAAGGAAGAGGAGCAGAGAACAUACAUCCGGCAGAGGUGUAACAGUGACAGCGGUUUGAGAGCGACUAACACAGACGAGAUUCGCCGUGGUCACGAGCAGCUGUGUGUAAGGCGAGCGGAGGCGGUGAAACAGAGGGGCAUCUCUCUGCUCAACGAGGUGGAUGCACAGUACAGCGCUCUGCAGGUGAAAUAUGACGAGCUGCUGCGGCGGUGCAAGCAGGCAGACAGGCCCAGUCAUAAAUCUGUCCAGACAUCCAGCAGUCCCUGUGCGAGCGGCCGGACCCGCCGCCGCCGGUCCUCAGUGGCUCUGUCUGAAAUGACAGUCGUUGUUGAAGACGGCAAGCAGCCCGAGUACAAGGCUCUCUUCAAGGAGAUUUUCACCUGCAUCCAAAUGACCAAAGAUGACCUCGGUGACAGCAGACAUCCAGUCGAGGACAGUGAUGCCCAGGGCUCUGCAAGAUGAUUUUAUUAUUCAUAAUCCUUGGACUUGUUUGUCUCUGUCAGUGUUUGACAAAGGAGAAACUUGGAUGUUGCUUUGCUAUAAAAACAUCCAGAGGGUGUGGAUACAAUAUACUUGACAUGCUGCAAUCCUCUUAUCUCCUGUCAUUUUCGACACGCCUAUGCUUUUGUUAGUCAGCACUGUUAAUUUUACUCCGUCCUUAUUGAAAAAUGAAGUGUUAUAAAGCAGCUAAGUAAGAGUGAACAACACAUUUGAAAAAACACAAACAGAAAACUAUAGGUGGUAAAGAAAUAUUUCAUGGGGAGAUAUUUAUAGUAUAUGUACUCUCAGAUCCUCGACUAAUAAAAAGUACAUUUCAGUGUGUUGUACAACCUCCGACAGUAUUCAGGGUUUAUGUAAUGUUAACACUGUGAUCCUUUGAUCACUUGGUGCUUGGGAGACUUGACCUAAAUUGGAGACGUAGCUGUUAUGUAUGACUUAUGUAAACAGAAAUGUUGGAAUGUUGUAAUAGGAUGAAAAACUGUAGAUACGUAAUAACUAAAGACUCAGGAGUUUACGAUAAUUAGCUUAAUAGCUAAUGUGAGUUGGUUUUUGUAAGUUGACAAAAGUUGGUUCACCAGUCGAGGGUCAUUGGAGUGUUACCAGAGAAAUAUGAGUGGACACUGGAAAACUGUUUUCAUGUCUGCACAGCUUCUGACGAGUGUCUUUCUGCCAGUAUGACGCAUAACAGCUCUGCACUUUGCAUGACUCAUGACAUUUUCCUUUUUUAUUUAUUAUUUUUUUUGAAAGAAGAUUAAAUUAUAUUUAUUUCCUUUGUUGUUAAAGCAGAUUGGUCAGCUGAGUGUGACAGUAAUUGUACACUGAGGUGCGUAUUUUGUGGAUGUACAUAAUCAGUGUGGCACAGGUGAUUGAAAAAAAUAAAACAGAGGUAAAUGGAAAAAAUCAUAAGAAAUGUGCACUUGUUUAUAAACAAUUUCCUUUGCCUCAAAUUGUCUGAAUAAUUCUUCUGACAUGGAAAUUUUCUCCUUUUGAUAUAGAACCGUAAUUGUGUUGAUCAGGUUACCAUACACUACGGAAAGACUUAAAUAACAGUUUAUGUAUAAGUCCGAGUUCGAAAUGUUGUUAUGAGGUUGUCCUUUUACUUUCACUUUCCAUGUGAUGUGAUGCUCAUGUGAAAGAAGAUGCUUAAUGGACAAUGCUGAUGUACUAAAAUACAGUAUAGUAUGGCACUUAGCAAUAUGCUUUUUUGAAACUGUGAAACUAAUUAUUAAAAAAAACA